AUGUCAUCGCCUGCAGCGAUGCCGAUGGCGGACGCUGGAGAGGAACGGCCGCCAUUGACGGCACCAAUUCCCACCGUAGACAACCCACUGCCUGCUGCGGCGGCCACGAAUGCCGUUGCUGAUGUCAACAACCUAUCCACCCUCUCCACUCAGGUCUACCUGGAGCGCACGGUGCUGGGGGUGCUGGCGCUUGCUCUGGAGGACGUGUGCCGAGUGCGACCACCGAAUCCCGUAGACUACCUCGGCAGCUAUCUUCUCCGUCGAUCGACCGCGAACAACACCGUCGAGGUGACCUACGAGGACACCGUUCCCAAGGCCGUACCGACUACCGACGAGUGA